AUGGAGAAAAGGGUCACUCGCCAUUCGAGCACCCAUGCCACCAAGGCAUCAACAGACACAACAGCACCACCAACAGUAACACCAGUCGACGCUCCCAAUGGAAGCAAACGUGGUCGUGGACGCGGUUGGGGUGCACGCGCAGGUGGUAGACAAGCAAGUACAGGUGCUGCUGACAGAGGACGUGGCCGUGGACGUGGCGCGACUCGUGGACGGAAACGUGGUGUCGAUGCUGCAGGGGAGACCUCGGCACCGGAGGAGACCGACCAUGAGUAUGAGCAUGAGCAUGACCAAGCUGAUUCGGACCAUGGUCAUGACUCUGAGGGCGAGAGGGGGCACGAAACAGAGAAAGGACCGGAACAGAAGGAAGAGGAGCCUGAGAAAGAUAAGGCGUUAGCCAAGAUCCAGGAGUCGGAGAGGGAGCAAGAGUCAGACAACAGCCAGGAGCAUAGGGGGGAUGUCAGCCAAGAUGAGGAUAGCUCCAGCAGUGGUUCUGAGUCCGAGUCUGAAGAGGAUGAGGCAACCUUGAGCAAGGACAAGGACGACUCGAAUGCAAUGGAUGUCGACUCCGAUGAGACCCCCAACGCGGCGACUACGUCCACCAAGGAUACUGCAGCCGUUUCACAAGCCAAACAGGACGGCAUGGAGGAGGAUCGGCGACCGAUGAAGGACAACUCGGCCUCUGGCGCAUUUGAAGAGGUUUCAAGCCUACCCUUCAUUUCACCAACAUUCCCGCCCAGUUUCGAUACAAAGGAGGUGGAGCCAAUGCCACUCGACUGCAACGACCAGUCAGCCCCUACCGCAUCAUCUUCCUCCGCAUCCUCAACAACUGUCAAGUCCAAGUCAGCCACAGUAUCAUCCACAGGAGCAACAACAGCGGUAUCGAGAGGCGGCUUUUUUCUAGAUGAGAAUAUCUACAACAAACUCUCGAUCGGUGGCGCAGAAAGGAUCGCGGAGUUGUACAUGCUCAAGAAGAGGCGGCGCGAGAAAGGGGUAUCACCGGAGCCAGUGCCAAGAUUGUUGUCAGAUACUGAGGCAGAAGCACCGUCCACUAAACCGAAACGGAGGACUUCAGGAUCUGUUACAACCCUAACUUCAGCAGCACCAACAGCAAUAACAGCAAUAACGACAACAACGACAACAACGACAACAACGAUAUCCAAGCCACCAGUGGUUUCGACUCACGCACCGGCAGUUGCACCAACGACAAUCUCAGAGGAUCAAGCCGCCCAAGCACCAACAACGGCCUCACUUGUGGCACCAGCACAGUCAAGCACGGUCAAUCUCAACGAUCUGAUAGCGUCAGCGUCGUCCUACAAAUCCGAGAUCAUCUCUAUUGCCGACAAAGCCAACAAAGCUCAACAAUCACCCAUCCAGCAGCAGCAACCACAGCAGCAACAGCAACAACAAUCGACUAUUGCGGCCAUCAAACCCGCCGACAUGCGCUAUCACCACCCCUGCAUCGGCGCGCAUCAAUAUCGAUCCAGUCUCACGAGGGAGGAGCAUCGGCGGUACAUGAUGUAUGAUGGAGUUUUGAGGAGACAAAAGACACCAGGAGCGCCGCAGCUUGGACAGGAAGACCGGGCUCUUUUUGGACUUUUGCAGGAGAGGGUUGAGGCAGAACGACUUCGGGUGCGGCAGUGGUGUGACUCGGAGUGCCGAUCCAGGGUCAUCAGCUACUUCAACCCUCUCAUCCGGGAUGCGCUGGCUCCCAAGUUCAGGAGAGGCAGGGCACGAGUCAAGGAGGAAUAUCCCCAGUACUAUGAUUUUGUUCACUCGAUUGGAUUGAGGUUGCCGGGUGUACCGUCUACGACUAAGGAGCCCAUGCUGAGUCGAGCACAGCUGGAAGAACCCAAGACAGGGUCAGCAGAGGCAAAGAGCAACAAACCAGCAGCCGCACUACGACGCCGAGGACUUCUGCAUAGGACAGGAAAGAUUUGCCCAGUCUCCUUGGCAAAACCAAUUUUGCCGACCGACGAUAACGGGGUGCCAUACGAAAAGACUAUCGAUGUGGUCGACUCUUAUUGGAACCACUCAGCAUCACCAGCACCAGCCACCGACCGUCGGCGAGGACCCAUGCCCUUCAAGAGACCAGCUACCUCGGUCGCCAAGGAUCCUAUCGCCAAGGACUUUGUCAAGGAGCAGAACGUCCAUAUCGCGCUUGCUUCCAGCGUUAUGGUAGCGUUGGCCAAAACAUUACCCAGUUUAGCAAAUGAGUGGGAGAUUCCUGUCACAGUUGUCCUCGAAGAGGACGCAGCAGGAGUGAUGCAGAAGCGGAUAUAUGUCGACAAGCCAUUGAUACCCAAGAGAAUGACGACUCUGGAGAUUACGCAGGCGUUUUACGACGGAGCCCUCAAGAAACUGUCGCUCGUUGGAUCGUCGUCGUCAGAUGUGAGUGUGUUGGAGCCUCAACAGGAUAAUAGUGCAGGAGCUGGUACUUCUGCCUCCAUUUCUACGCAACCACAGCCCAAUCAAGCGCCGGUGGUGGAACAAAGGGAUAUCGAGAUGCAAGAUGUUACUGAUAAGCAGGAAGGAGUCACGUCGCCAAAGGAUGUUGAGAUGGAGGAGGCUGAGAACAAGGAGGCUGAAAAGACCAACUCGCCUUCAGAGACACCAGCCGCGGCGGCAGCCACCGACAAGGAUAGUAAGGGUGAGGAUGAGGAUGUUGGUGUUCUCGGUAGUCAGUUUUCAGGCAAGGCAGCGGACGAAGGUAGCACCGACAAUUUUGAAUAUUCCCUUUGGACAUUUGGCGACAAGCGCCUUUUGAUCCGCAACCGUCUCCAUGGAUACAUCAACAAUACUAUCCCGCAUAGGCAGGUGGUGAUCAAGUCUAUUCUCGACUAUGUGCCAGACAUUGGAGUUGCUGAGCCAGGGAAGUCAACAAUGGCCGGAUGGUGGAUGUCAACAUGGGUCAGAGAUGACCGACUCUUGGCGCUUGGGCGAGUGGAUGUCUCCAGGAACCAGUUUGUGCGGUACCCAGAUCAACUGCCGCCCACAUAUCAGACAGACAACCCGCUCGGAGGCGCGUUCAGUGACUUGCCCUCGAUCUCGAUCAAGGACACUAGUGCGUUGAAGGUGCAGGAUCGGGAGAUUUGGGACUGGAUCAAGCCCAAUAUGCGGUUGAUUCAUUAUAUCCUGGGAAAGUUGCAGCUUUUGGGGGCUGGGCAGUAUAUCUUGACGCAUAAGCGGCAUGAUGUCAGUGCGAAUGUUUACCGGGCUGUCAAGACGUCGUCGGGCGAGCAGGCUUCUGGGGUCAAGGAUGAAAGUCAGAGCAGUAGCAGCAACAGUGCGGCUGCACAGCACAAGGGGCAGUAUGACCUUCAUGCGGCUCACGCAUCGUCCCCGCAGCCCCUGAGCGACGCUAAGGUCGAGUCUUCGGGAGGACUCAGUGGCGGAGGUGGGUCCAGCGGAGGUGGAGCGGAUGAUGACUUGUUGCUUCGGUGGAUUGGUACGCCAGAUCAGAUCCCGGGCACGUUCCCCUACGAGCCUGAGUCGGAUACGUCGUUCAAGAAAGGGAAACGAGGCCGUGGUGGUGGUGGCGCAGGUGGAGGUGGAGGUGGACGGGGGAAUAAGCGAAAUAGAGGAAGGGGCGCCACCAAAAAGGCGGGAAAAGCUGAAUAA